AUGCUUCUGCGGAAGUAUCUACUCGUUACGGAAUCUCAGGUGUCAAAGUGUGGAUUUCAUAUAGUAAAAAAAAAAAAGGGGGACGUGCUAUAUCCGAAACGUACGAAAUUUAGUAAAUAUCGUAAAGGCAGAUGUAGUAGGGGUUGCAAACCAGACGGAACAAAACUUGGUUUUGGAAGAUAUGGCACUCAAAGUUGUAGAGCUGGGCGUCUUUCAUAUCGAGCCAUUGAAGCAGCGCGUCGGGCUAUAAUCGGACACUUCCAUCGUGCUAUGAGCGGACAAUCCCGAAAAAAUGGUAAGAUAUGGGUCAGAGUUUUCGCAGAUAUCCCUAUUACCGGGAAACCUACAGAAGUAAGAAUGGGAAGAGGAAAAGGAAAUCCUACGGGUUGGAUUGCUCGUGUGUCCACGGGACAAGUCCUAUUUGAAAUGGAUGGUGUGAGUUUGUCAAAUGCUCGACAAGCCGCUACAUUAGCGGCGCAUAAACCAUGUUCGUCAACCAAGUUUGUUCAGUAG